UUUUGUUGAAAAGCACGAGGAUUGUUGUAGCGGCAUAGCAGGCAAGUAAGAGUGAAGGGUGAGAUGUCGGGCGGCGGCAUUUGGUCGGAGCUAGACGAUAUAGAGCUGGAGGCGGCGGACUUCCACUCCUCACUGCCGCUGAAGAAGGUCCCUUACGGAGACAUUUUCGAGGCCUCCCGCGCCGGCGACGUCGACCGCCUCCGCUCUCUGUUGGAGUCCGGCGUCAACGUCAACGCCCGCGACCAAUGGGACUCCGUCGCCCUCUACUACGCCUGCCUGGCCGGCCAUCUCGACGCUGCCCGGAUGCUCCUGGAGAGCGGCGCCAUCUGCUCCGAGCAUACCUUCGACGGCGAUCGCUGCCACUACGCCGCCCUCAAUCUCAAGGUGCGCAAGUUGCUCAAGUCCUUUGAGGCCCGCCCGCCGCCUCUCCAACCUCUACAGGCCGCGCUCAGAGACACUUUCUUGUCCUGCGAAGCCAACACCGCCUACCUCCAACACCAAUUUCAAUUCAAUUUCACUUCUCUUCUCUCAGUAGGUCAUUCAUCACAAGGAGAGUCCAGUUCCUGCUACUGCCCCCCCGAUUUUGUAUUCUAUGUGCAAGGAAGACCCCUUGAAGCUCACAGACUCAUCUUGGCUGCCCGAUCGCCAUUCUUCAAGAAAAAGUUUGAGACUGACUGGAAACACAGAAAGGAAGUGCGAUUUUCACGGGAGAAGCUUUCUUAUCCGUCUCUUUUUAGCCUUGUCCACUUCUUCUAUUCCGAUAGGCUAGAGGUUGCUGUUGAUGACAUGGAAGAUCUUGUUAGGAUUUGCAAAGUUUGCAAGUGCCAGUCUCUACAAAGUCUUCUUGAGAAAGAAAUACUUCAUCAAAAACAUGCUAACUACAAAGCUCCUAGAGAAAUACAAGACUCUCAGAAGAGGUUCAUCUUGCUGGGCAUUUCCCUUCCAGAAGAAGAUCGUCUCCCUGCUGCAUUACAUCGAAUCCUCCAAGUCUCUCUUGCCAAUUCCUCCAGAGCACAAGACUCACACAAUAGUAUUGAUGGUUCUAUGCUGACAAGAGAUUUAGAAGAGGACCUUGCAGAUGUUUGUGUGAGGGUUGAGGAUAAGAUAUUCCGAUGCCAUCGAGUUGUCUUAGCUUCAAGAUCAGAAUACUUCAAGACCAGAUUAUCCCGAAUAAAAGAUUUCAUUGAAAACAGUGACCCUUUACCUCAUCAGGCCCUUCCUUGUCUUGAAGAACAUGACCUAAAUGCAGAGACUUUCCAGAAAAUGAUUGAGUAUAUGUAUACUGAUGGUCUCACAGAGAUAAACCCUGAUCAGGCCGAGGAAAUGUUUGAUGCUGCUUCAAGAUAUUUGUUAUUUCCUCUUAAACGGCCAGUCGCAGAUGCUCUUCUACCUCAGUUGGAGAUGGUUUCCCCUGCAGAAUUAUGUCAUUGGUUGCUACUAGCUGACAUGUAUGGUGUCUUAAAGAUACGUGAAUACUGCUUAGAUGCUAUAGCGUUCAACUUUGAGACUUUUGCUGAAACUCGUGAGUUUCGGGCAAUGCUUUUGACUCUGCCGUGUCCAUCUGGAGAUUCUUCACUUCGGACAACAGCUCCAAGUGCUCCAGGAACUGAGGCAAAUGCACUAGGAGGAAAUCUCCUUGAUGAUUUGCGAGAGAAAUGGCUUGAGGCUGAAGGUGCUGAGCUCGACAAGAGAGAUGAAAGUGCACUACUCUUUGACAAGCGCCUUGAGAUGCUCAUGCUUGUGGCAGAGCAGGAGAAAUCAGUCAAAUCUGAAGAUAUUGUGCAAUCCGUAUUCUCAUCCUCCUCUAUUGUCAUGAAGUCCAAGGAGCUGGAAGGAUAGACUCUUAUGCUUUUUUUCAUCUAUGAGAUUCAUAUCAAAAUUAAAGAUAUUGCUAUGAAGAGGAAAAUGGAACACCAGAUAGCAUCUCUUGUAUUUAUAGUAAUAUAUGUUACACGUGAUACAUACUGAAUGGAAGAAAAUGUUGUGUGGUGUUGUUUUUUA